UUGGAAAGUUGGAAAUCGCAUCACUCUGACAGGAUGACUGAUUCCGUAAAUAGCGUAUUUGGUUUCGAGCUCUUUCAAAAACUUUAUCAUGAUGAUAUUCACAAAAAGGAAGAUGUAAUAAUUCUAUUUGUGCAUUGGUAUUUGACCAAAUCUGGAUUUAGAUGCAUUGGCAUCGGAGAUGAAGCAGCGUUUAGUGCAUCAGAAAAAGGUUCUGAAUUACUUCCAACAGAAUGGAAUUCACGUCCCAAUUAUGCAUUACGUUAUGUAAAAGAUGGAAAAUUACAUAUCCUUCUCGGAGUCAAAUCAGAUAUGGAUUUAUUAUUGAACUGGAUGAAGCACCAAGACAAUUCUGUUUCUAACAUUUCGUUUCCUAUUGAGGAAACUGUAUCUGCGUUACAUGGACCUUUAGAGACUAUAAUACCAUCCUAUCAAACAAUUUUACAUAAUAUACAAAAAGAUUUUGUAAGUACGAUAUGUUCUAACGAAGCAGGAACUCAAACAACUGUAUCAAAUAAUCCCAGAAGUUCUUCUGAAAGGAAUGACAUUCCAAUAGAUGAUCGAUCUUCAGUGAGGGUACCCAUUAAUCGAGCAAUAAAUCGACCUGAAUAUAUGGGCGUAGGAAGUAGAGAUCUUGAUCCACUCGCAGAAGGUGGUGGUAUGAUAUUCGAUCCUUUUGAAAUGAGGCGUCGUCAAAUUGGACGUUUACCGGGUGGCUUAGGAAUACCUGGAGUGUUGCCCCCAAAUGCGAUACCACCUAGUGCAAGAUUCGACCCUUUCGGUCCACCUGAGCCAGAUCCAUUGAGACCACAUCGCCGUAGACCCGAUGAUGACCAUUUACCUCCUCCAGAAUACAAUGAUAUGUUUAUGUAACAAGUUAUAGAAAUUUAAAUUUAAUGAAAAUGGAGGUACACAAUACAAGUAUAGAGUUUUUUUUUGUAUAUUAAAUGUUUGUAUCAUGCCAAUUUGCUAAUGUAUCUCUUCUACAAUAUAUUUUAUUAUAUCAUAAAGAAACAUAUG